ACGUACUGCAGUCUGGCAAUACUGAAAAUCAACAAAUUAAAAUCUGGCAUUACUGAAAAUCAACAGCUGAUUGUUUCAAUUAUUUAACUUCAUAAUUUGUACGAAAAGAGCAGAGAACAUGUCUUCAAUGAAAAGAAAAUCGCCUAUUUGGCAAUAUUUUGAAAUUAAAAGUGAAAAUAAUAAGUUUGCUAUUUGUUUAUUGUGCAAACUACCAAUUUCUCGUUUUGAAGGGAAAAAAGCAGGUGCGUAAGAGUAAUGUUUUUUUUUGCAGCCUAUUUAAUGAAUACAACCUACAAGUUUCGAAUCAUAUACUUAUUAAUUUUAAAUCUUCCCCCAGGCACAUCUGCUAUGAGCAAUCAUUUGAAAUUAAAGCACCCAGAAAAAUUCAUGAAUUUGAAUAAAGAUAAAAAAAAUAACGACGCAGCUACGUCGCUUGCGGAGCCUGUCAACGCUUGUACAAGUUCCUCUUCUACAGAAAGGCAACAGACUUUGUCAGAGGCGUUCGAUAGAAAACUGCUUUGGGACAUAAAUAAUGCAACUGCGAAAAAAUACCAUUAUCUCAUAGCAGAAAUGAUAGCACUGGAUAAUGAGCCACUUUGUGUCGUUGAAAGAGUUGGAUUCGCAAGAUUACUUAAGCAAGCUUUACCACGCUAUGAAUUGCCAAGCCGAGCCUUUAUGACCCAAAAAAUUGUUCCCGAUAUUUACAACCGAAUUUUCAAAAAAAUCCAAAUAAGAAUUUCAAGUGCUGUCGCAGUUUCUGUCACUUCCGACAUGUGGACGUGUUUGCGCAAUAACUCCAGCUUUCUGAGUUUCACAGCUCAUUGGCUUUCUGCAGAAUUUAAACUUCAACACGGAGUUAUAGCUAUGAAACCGUUUUCAGGAUCUCACACAGGAGAAAACAUAGCAAAUGAACUCAAUAGUAUUGCAUCUCGCUGGGAUAUUGAACAAAGCAAAAUACAUGUUCUUGUUCAUGACAGUGGCGCAAACAUGGUCAAAGGCGUUCGAAUGGCGCAGUAUGAUUCCGCCAGGUGUUUCAUUCAUUCGCUUCAGAGGGUUGUGCUUGAGUCUUUGAAAGUACAACCUGAAGUAAUGGACUUGAUUGCCAAAGGUAGACGUAUCGUAACUCACUUCAAUCAUUCAGGUUUAGCAAAAGAAAAAUUACUGGCGCUUCAAAAAGAACUAUGUUUACCAGAGCAUCAAUUGGUGCAAGAUAUAAACACGAGGUGGAAUUCCACUUUCUAUAUGGUGGAACGCUUAUUGGAACAAAAACGUGUUAUCUCCCUUUAUGUGUCUGAAAACGACACACUUACUAAUCUAACAACUCGUCAGUGGUGUUUGAUGGAGCAGUGUGUACAACUUUUGAAGCCGUUUGAAGAAAUAACUAAAAUUACAAGUUCUGGCCUCUCCUGCAUAUCUGAAGUUAUACCGCAUGUAGCUGCAUUAAAAAAAUUCUUAGACAAGGACGAAACUGUACGACGAACAGCCGAUUUACUUAAUAUGAGAGCCUCCUUAAAAGCGCAAUUGGCAUCUCGUUUUAUUUCCUUAAGUGAAGAUCCAAAAUACCUUAUUGCAACUUUUCUGGAUCCCAGAUUUAAGGCUAACUUUUUGGGAAAAGUUGAAGCUGAAAGAGCUCGACAGACUAUUUUAUUGGAACACUUAAAAAUGACUUGCGACACGUCUUCCAUCAGUAGUUGUUCAUCGACGUCUUCAACUAGACCUAAACAGUUACGAUUAAAUGAAACUCAUUCAAAUGUAGCUCGUGAAUCUCACGAAACAUUUUGGGAUUGCUUUAAUGAAGUGGCAGAUGAAAACAACAUUCAGUCUCGCGAUCAUGAGAAGAACCCAAUUGCUACCGAGAUUGAAUUCUUCUUGAAGGAAGUUCGAAUUGAUCGCAGUCAGGAUCCUUACGCUUGGUGGUCGUUUAACUCCAAAAAAUACCCAAUUUUAACGUCGCUUGCCAAAACGUUCCUUUCAGCUCCUUGCAGCAGCGUUUAUAGCGAAAGACUUUUUUCGGAAGCUGGCUUGGUUUACGAAAACAAGCGAAAUCGUUUAUUGUCUGCGAACGCUGAAAAUUUAGUUUUUAUUCACCAUAAUCUACCUCUUCUUAAUUUUGAGUAUUAAUGUCAAUCGUUUUCUUAA